AUGGAAGGAGAGGAGAAUCUAGCAAAGAGGUUUGUGGAUGCAUAUAACAGACGUGUGGAGCUAUAUAUGCAAAGGCAGGCACUGGAAGACGCCAUAAACAAAGGGCUUAUUGACCAGCGCACACUUAAGGAGGCAAUAGAGAUGAAUAAGGAUCUAGGGAGCCGGGAGCAGUCAAGGCCGCCAGACCAAGGAACAAUGUUUGGAACAGGGAUACAUAGGCUAUCUCUCAUUGAUAUAGGUAGGCUUCCUACAGAUAAUGUAGAUAUGUUUCAUACAGAGACAGCAAUAUAUCCUGUAGGAUACAUGUGUAGGAAGAAGUACAAAAAGCACAACGCCUACAAGAAGAAAGCAAAGGAUAGAAUUUUAUAUAUUUGCAGCGUGGAUCCUCACAAGGGCCCUAUUAUUUCUGCUGAUGAUGGGAGGAAGUGGUACGGGCCAACUAUGUGGAGGGAUUUUGUAGAUAGCAUUGAUGGAACCAUUGAGUACAAGAGCGUUGAGGAGUUUUUUGGGUUUGGAAAUUCUGCACUGGUCAAGAAAAUUGAGUCUCUUGGAGACUUAUCUCCCUUCAAAAGAUACAUUCCAUUGAAUAAAAGACUCUAG